AUGAAGAACAUAAAGCAAAAUAUUUCUAAUUUUAAAGAGUUAGCAAAACAGUUAGAAGCAUGUGUACAAUCUAACUCAACGGAUAUUGAUAUAAUAAGAGAUAUAUAUACGAAGUGUAAAAAAGAUUUAAUUUCAUUGCAAAAACUAACAUUAGAAGCUCUGGAAAAAGGAAAUGCAAAACUGUUUGAAGAAUUAGUAGAAGUAUCUACUGAAGUUGAUAAAUCUGUAAAGCUUUUUGAAAACUAUGAAAAAAACAAAAAAGAAGAAACUUCAAAAAUAUCACAUAAUACUAACAAUAUAAAAUUUACUAAUGAAACAAAAGAGGAUAUAAAAAAAAAACAUAGGCACUCUAAAGAAAAGAGAAGUUCAAAAAAAAAAGAUAAAAAGUAUAAAAAUGUUCAUGAAGAAAGUGAAAAUGAAAUUGAAACAGAAAAAAAAUAUAAAAGUUCGAGUAGAAAAAUUGAUGAUAUAAGAAAAAGAGAAAAUAAAAGUAGAAAAAAAGAAUAUGAAAAAAGAAAAAAGAAGAAAAAAGAAAAAGGAAAAGAAAAAGAAAAAGAAAAAAGUUAUGACUUAAAUGAAGAUGAAUGUGUAGAAAAAGAUAUUAAUGAUAAAUAUUUCUUUCAGCUAGGAUCAAAAGAUUCUUUUAACAAGGAGGUUGAAACUUUUUAUAAUACACGUAGCUUAAGUAGUGAAGCAGUCAAUGAUAUAUAUGAUUCCAAUGAAAGAAAAAAAAAAAAAAAAAAAAAAAAAAAAUAUACAAAUAAUAUAGAAACAGAAAGUUUACUAGAUAUCGGGAAUAAUUACAUAUAUGAUAAUGAAUUAAAUUCAAAUAAAAAUAACUAUUUGAAACACAAUUAUCAAGAUAAAACAUAUAAUUUGAACACAGAAUAUUCUUUAGAUAAUCCAUUAAUUAUAAUAGUUCAUAUAUCAGAAAUUAUAAAUGUAUUAUUAGAUGUAAAAAGCGUUUAUAUUUACUUAACAUUGAAAUCAUUAGAUAAUAAAGUAAAUAUAAAAAAAAGUAGUAAGAAAAAAACUGUUGAAAAAUUUUCUAUAAAUGUAUCAGAAUUAUUUGAAUUUCCCAUUCUUUACAGCCAACAACUAUUUUUAUCUGUUGAUAUUAUUGAUUCUGAAAGUAAUGCAUACUACUACACCUGUUUAAUAAAUUUAAAUAAAACAAUUUUGAAGAAAACUAAAUUCUUUGCACCAACAGCAUUUUUAUUAACAGAAGUUCAUGAAAAUUUAUACUCUCAAGAACGGAAUGAAGGAAAUAGUAAUAUAGAUAUAUUUAAUAAAAAUAAUAAUUUUAUCAAUUAUUAUGACAAUAUUAAAAAUGUGUAUAACAAGGAAAUGGAUAUCUAUAAUUCUACAAAAUAUAUGUCUAAUACAUCUGUAGGUUUAAAUAAUUAUUUUGAUAAUUAUUAUAAAACAAAUCAAACUAAUAAUUUUAGAUUUUUCAAUAAUCUAAAUGAUACUAGUAAUUUUGCAAAUUUUGAAAACGCAAAUAAUUCUUUAAUGAAAGGCAGUAAUAAUAUAAAAGAGGAAAAAAAAAAUGGAUCUCAUAAUAUGGAAGUUUCAAACAAUUAUUCUUAUAUAAUUAUGAAUAUUGUAUUGAAAAAUAACGAAUUUGAUUAUGAGGCAGAAAUAAUAAAAGAAAAUAAUAUAAAUUUAUACAAAGAAUUGUACAGUAUUUGUAAUAAGGAAAAAAUAUUUUACGAAAACAAGAAUAAAGAAAAUGAAAAGAAAAUUGAAGAAUUAGAUAAAACUGUGAUGCUUUUAGAAUUGGAUAACGAAAAUUAUAUAGAAAUAAAUAAUAAAUUAAAAGAAAUUAUUGAUGAAAAAAAAGAAAUAAUUAAAAUAAUUGAAAAAAUUAUUAAAAAAAAAAAUAACAAAAUAGAAAAAUUGUUAAAAGAAAAUAAAAAAAUUAGCGAAACAGAAAAACUUUUUGAAGAAAAUAAAAAAGAGAAUAAUUAUUUAUCUCAAGAAAUUUCUAAAUUAAAUACUACCUUUAACGAAUAUAAAAUAAAAUUAAAGGAUACAAGUCAAAUUAAUAAUAAUCUUAACAAUAAAAUAAAUAAUCUGCUAUUCCAAUUGCAAAAUGCACAAUUUAAAAAUGAAAAAUUAUUAUCGUAUCUUUUAUUUUUGUUAGAACGCAUAAAUCAUUUUAACUAUAGUAACAUUGAUAAUCCUUUUAAAUUUUUUAAUAUCAAAAAGUUUAACAUGAAUAUUUUUAAAUAUAAGUUAGAUAAUUAUAAUGAUUUAUUAACUAAAUUAAAUCAUAAUAUGAUAAAUUACGAUAAACAUAACAGCAUAAAUGAAUAUUUUAAUUUUAAAAAAUGCUUAACAAAUGAGGAAAAAAGGAAUUUAAAUUUAGAAUUCACUGAUUAUUUGCCUAACUCAUGUUAUAAAAAGGAGAAUAAUUCUGAUAAAGAUAAUACAUUAGUCGAAUAUAACAAUGAUUGUGAAAAUAAUUUUUCAGAAAAUUAUAAAUACAUACAUAGAAAUAAAUUAUUUGAUAAAAACAAAAACUCAAAUGAAACAAUAAAUGGUGAAUUUUUAAUACAUCAAUAUAAAAAAUAUAUUACAUCUAAAAAAAAUAAAAAAAAUAAUGCUGAUAAUGAUUCAAGUAAAAAAGAAAAAAAAAAUGUACGUAAUUAUUUACAUGAAUUAAAUAUGGAUGAUAAUAAAACAUUAAGCAAUUGUCAAAAAUACAAUAUCAAUUUGAAUGAAAAAAGUGACUAUAAAUAUGGAGAAGAUCACUCAAUUAUUAAAGAAAAAGAAGAGAAAAGAAAUAAUAUCCAUUUAAAUGAUAUUAAUAAUAUAACAUUAGUAAAUGAUGAAAAAAGUAAUUUUAGUGAAACUUUAUCAAGUCAAAACAUAAUAAAUAAUAUUACAAAUAGCACAUUUUCCUUUAAUAUUAAAAAAAGAGAUAAAAGUAAAAAAAAAGAUACAGAGAAUAAAACAAGACAAGAAAAAAUUAAAGAUAUUAUAAACAAUAACCAAAUAAAUAAUUGUGAUAAGAGUUAUGAUGAUGAAUUCUUCGACGAAAAUAGUGGCAAUAUUAGUUAUUCUAAUAAUGAUAUUAGCAAAAAUAAUAGUAAUGAUAUUUUUACUGAAAUGAAAGGUAGAUAUCAAAAAGAAAAUUUACAUAAUUAUAAAAAAAAAAAAAACAAACAUAUAUAUAAUGAUUAUUCUGCAUCCAGUAGUGAUAAAUAUAGUAGUAAUAUUGAACAGAAUCAAAGUACUUUUGAAAUAGAUAAUAAAAAAGAUAUAAAGGAAAACAUUAAUAUAAGUGAUAAAAAUUCUCUGAAUGUUAAAAAUAAAGAAAACAAAAAAAAAUUAAAUAAUGAAAAUUAUUCUCUUUACAUAGAAGAUGAAAAAAAUAAAAUAAAAAAAGAAAAAAAAGAAAAUGACAGAAAGAAUGAAGAUAAUUAUUUAAAUUUUCACAGUUCUGAGUAUUUAUAUGAUAUAAAUAAAAAAAAUACGAAUGAUUAUUUAAGUGAUUACAGAAAUUUUGAAAAAAAAUUUAAUUAUUUUUUAAAAGUUUCUAGAAACUUAAAAGAAACAAUAUUAUCAAAAAGUGAUGACAAAUAUAGUCAUUUAGUAAAUAUACAGAAAAAAAGUUAUUUUAAUAAUUUAGAAAAAAUAAUAAAUAAAUGUGAAAAAAAAGAACAUAAUAUUUCGUUUUUAGACAAUUAUUUAUACAAGAAAAUUAAUUCAAAAUUUAUAUCAAAUGAAGAAAUAAAUAAUCAUAAAAAACUUUUGAGAAAUUUUUAUCUAAAAAAUUUAAAGGGAUUAAUUUUUAAAAAUGCAUUUAUUGAAAUAUAUACUAAUUUUUAUUUUAAGGACAAUUAUAACCAAAAAAAGUAUAUACGUAAAUCAGGACAUAUGAAUAUUUUUGGAGAUCAAAAUAACAAAAAUAUAUAUUUAAAUAUAUAUAUAAAAUCUACCUUUUAUAAUAUAAUGUAUAUAAAAGGUAAUAUAAAUGAAAAUAAAAUAGACAACAUUACAAUAAUAAAAAAAUAUUUAAAAAAGAAUGAUAAUAAUAAUAAGGUAACGGACGAUAAUGAUUAUAUUUAUUUAAAAAAAAAUGAAAUAUGUUUAUUAUAUAAGUUAUCUUUUAAAAGCAAUUAUUUAAAUAACCAACCAUUAUUUCUAAAUAUUGAAUGUUUGAUUAAUGAUAAUACAACUAUUAAAUUUAAAAUAUCAUUACCUUUUGUUCAUGUAUUAUUUUUUAAACCAAGUAGCUUAUAUUUAAAUAAUUUUAUAAAAAGUUACUCUGCUAGUAAAUAUUAUUAUAAAACCUAUUUUUAUAAUAUGAUGAGUUUUUCAAACCUCCAUGAAUUUAUUAAUGUAUUAAAAUUAAGUAAUUCAUUUAAUAUUUUUCAUUUCAAAUCAUAUAUUAUAUUAUACACUAAUUAUCAUUUUGAUGAUAAAAAAAAUUCCAUUUUAUUAUUAUUAUGUGAUCUUAGUAAGAAUAAGAAUAAUUCUAAUGGUAUACUCAAAUUACAUUUUGUUUCUAUAUCUGAUGAAUUGAUUAGUUUCUCAAUUAACCUAUUUAAGCAAAUUUUGUAA